AACUGCUCAGAGAUUGACUACAAAAUCAGCCUACAAAUCAACUUAUAAUUUUAGUAAUUGUUUGCUUACCUUCAAGAUAAACAGUCUACAAAACAGGUACACAAAAGAAGACCUAAAAGAUCCUCCAGAAGUUACUUCCCUGUACACUUUUAUUUCUCCCACAUCCACAACCAUGGCAACCAAACACAGCAGCCCCAGUCCACAAAUUCCAGUCAGGAUCAAAGGCCACACAAAGUGUCCGUACCAUAAAGACAAUGAGGUGGUUCUCCUCUGUCAGGACUGUGGAAUACUGAUCUGUACGACUUGUUCCAUAACAACUCACAAAAUACAUAUUGAUAGCUUUUGUGAAAUUUCGAAAAUUACAAAUGAACAAAAAAAUACACUACUGGACUUUAUGAAUGAAACAGAAAACAUUGAAAUUCCCAAACUCAAAAAUGAAAUCCAAUCGGCAAGGAACGAAAUUUCCACAAGUGAAUCUAACUACAAAAAACUCUCUGUUAAUAUCAAAAAACAGCGCGAUCAAUGUAAACUAGAUUUAGAUAAAAUAACGGAGGAUUAUUUAGCAAUAUGUAACAAGAUGGAGAAAGGGACCACAGACCUCCUUCAGAUUCACAUCACAAACCUGGAGGACAGGUUAGACACUUUAGUUAAACUAUCAUCAGAGUGUAAACAGACCCUCCAGACAGGCACUGCUGUACUUGUGUAUGACUCGGUAUCGGAAAUCAAGGACAUGGACUUAGAUAUCCCACAGACACCUAACAUAGACAUGACAGAGUUUACUCCAGAUAACAACAGACAACGACACCUCGAGCAGGCCAUGGGGAAAAUGAAGACUCCUACUGACCAUUUCAAGGUAGGAUUAGCACCUAGUGGUCACUCCAAAGAAGGUCCAGUUGUGAGACCUAAACUGUCCAAAUCUACAGAGACGGGUCAAGCCUCCACUGGAGAAGUCCUGUACAAACUUUGUGAUAGUCCAACUGUCAUAUCCCAGUUCUCAUACCCAGAUGGUAUCACAUCAAUCUGUCCUACAUCUAAUGGCCGGGCAUGGCUGUGUGAUUGUAAAACCAACACAGUAAAACUCAUCAACAACAAAGGUAACUUUUUCUCCAACAAACCUAAAGUCAUACAGAAGAUACAGCACAACAGUAACAUUGAUGACAUCAGUCUGGACCCCACCACAGGUCGUCUGUGGUUCUGUUGUUUUAAUGAGGGAACUAUCUAUGAAGUAUCUACAUCAACAACACCAGUCACAAGGUUUACUACAGAGGGGUACCCACAAAGUCUGUGUGUGACCAGGGAGGUCACAAGGUUUACUACAGAGGGGGACCCUGACAGUCUGUGUGUGACCAGGGAGGGUCUGGUAGUGGUGGGUACAGCGGGUACACAGGGGUACAAGGUGGUGAUGUACACAGCAGAUGGCCAGGUGUUACACACAUCCACUGUGGAGGGGUCAGGGGAGGGGGCAGUACUGUCCAUCACACAGUGUGGUGUUACAGGUAACAUAGCUAUAGUGAGUAGUAAACUAAUCAGUGGAGACGGUAGUCAUCCAAACAACUACAGGAAUCACAUCACUGUGUACAACCCAACACUCCAGCCCCUGGUCCACUACCGGGGAGAGGGGAUACAGGCACGGGAGGCGGUCACACCAGACAAGUUUGGUCCAGUAACAGUUAUAUAUGACAGUAAGGGUAAUAUUGUUAUUACUGAUUAUACAAGGAACACAGUAGAGCUGAUAAGUGGAGCAGGGAAGUACAUAAAAACACUUCACACAAACAAAGGACAGGGACAAGUAGGUAUACAGAAGGAUGAUGUGUUGUGGUCAUGCUUAGAGUUAGAUACAGGAGAGUGGGGACUCAAACUUCUCAAGUAUUACAGUGACUGAGGAGUGACUAAACCUGGAGUGAUGAU